AUGCCUGUUGCUCAGUACACCGAAAGGCCAGCCAGUGGGUCUAAGUCUCAAUUUGAACCGGGCCACAAAAUUCCUAUCCAGCACCUGACAAAGCCGGGCCUUCAGGCCGAUAUGGACGAUCCCAAGCCCGUAUCGACUCAUAUUCCAACCGAGGAUGGCGGCUAUCAGAUCUAUAAAGCUGCCGGAAAGCUUCAAGACAAGAAAGCGAUCAUCACCGGAGGUGACUCUGGAAUUGGAAGAGCUGUCGCUAUUCUGUUCGCCAUGGAGGGUGCAUCGAGUGUAAUAGUAUACUUACCGGAAGAGGAAACGGAUGCACAGGAGACAAAAAGGAGGGUGGAGGAGCUUGGCCAGCAGUGUCAUUGCUUGGCCAUUGAUCUCCGCAAAAAGGAGAAUUGCCAAAAGAUCGUUGAUGUGGCUCUGCAAAAAAUGGGUGGUAUUGAUAUCCUCGUGAACAACGCAGCAUUCCAGGAUAUGCUGAGUGAUAUCAGUGAGUUGGAUGAGGACCAAUGGGAGCGAACAUUUGACACCAAUAUACAUUCUUUCUUUUACUUAUCGAAAUACUCUCUUCCUCAUAUGAAGAACGGGUCCACCAUCAUCAAUUGUGCAUCCGUCAAUCCUUACAUUGGCCGAGGUGAUCUUUUGGAUUACACAUCCACCAAAGGAGCCAUUGUCGCCUUUACGCGUGCACUGUCAAACCAGCAGGUGAAGAAGGGCAUUCGAGUUAAUUGCGUCUGUCCGGGGCCAAUUUGGACACCUCUUAUCCCAUCGACGAUGCAAACCUCUGCUAUGGAACAGUUCCAUGCAGUGCCAAUUGGCAGGCCAGGUCAGCCCAGUGAGGUUGCAACAUGCUUCGUCUUCCUCGCAAGUCAAGAUAGCAGCUAUAUUUCUGGACAGUGUCUGCACCCCAAUGGAGGUGUCAUGGUCAACGGCUAG